UCUGCGCAACGUCAUCUUUUUUUCUGUCAAAAUUCAAGACAGUACGAAAGUAGUGUGUCCAUGAUCAGACUCAAUUCAUUGAAAUCCGCAGCGAUAUCCUACCCCCGGCAGAGAGCGGACAGAUCCGAUCUGGAACGCAGAUCGUCGGCAGUUAUGCGGUUCACCGAGGUGAGCUAGAACCAUGUCACCGCCGACACAAGACGAACCACUCCCGGCCGACCCAGAAACACCACAGCGUCCCUCGACGGCAAACAAAUAUGCCAAUGCGACAACACCAACAAAUAAACGGGCGUCGGCCCCGGCCGCUGCAACCCCGAAGAGCGCACCAGCUGCCGCUGGCAAUGCCGGCAAUGCCUCUGCCAACAAGAAGAAGGUCGAGCCCAGCCUACUGGGCGACUUCUUCCUCGGCCGUCAAUCACCGGCCCGUGUCGUUGCCCAGCGGGAGGCUAUAAAACAGCGACGGAAGAGCAUGGCGGCGGAUGCGGCCAACGUGCGGGAGGAAUUGCGCCAGGAGAUGCGCGCGGCGGCAGUGCGGAGAGUCCAGCAGCCCGGGGGCGUGACGGACCGAGUGAAGGCAUGGCAGAAGGGGAACGCGGCUGCUAUGAAGGAGCAAGGAGGUGUGAUACCACAACCGGAGGACCUAGCGAGCGUACCAACCGAGAUUGCCGCAGAGGUUCCUGCCGAGAGCGUGACGGAGACGGACCGGUUGCGCGUCAAGAUGCGGCAGAAGUCGAGAAGGAGGAAGCCCAAGACCGACAAGGCCGAGGACAAGGAGAACCAGGAUGACGGAGGCAGCGAUGAAACGGAGCGCGGGAAACCGUCCGCGACCACAUCGGGGACAUCACCCAGCAAACCACCCGUGGUGGUUAAGCUGGCGCCGAAAAAGAGGAUUGUCAGUGAUGACAACUGGAUGAAGCAGAGGAAAGGCAGGAGCCCACCCCGGAACGCCUCAACAAAACCAAAGGCCCAGCCCGCCCCGGCACCGGCACCGGCACCGAUGCCAAUCCCCAAGGACUUCUUGCAGCGAACAGCGAAGAAUCCGACGGUACAAAAUAAAAUCAAAGAUUGGGCCGAGAGGGUAGAAAUCCCUGAACCUCCGCCAGCCAAGGUGAAGCAGUAUCGCCACAAGAAAUCUGGCGCGACGGUGACUGUUGAGGAAGACACCCCGAGUGUAAUCGCGUCGGACCCGGGGAUCAAACCCGCGCCAAAACCUCCGGCCGAUGACGGCAUCCGAGUCAAACCGAUGAAGAUGAAGCCAAGGAAACCGAAAGCCGAGACCGAAGACGGCAUUCGGAUACCUCCCGUGCGGAAGAAGGAGCCCGUUGAUGAUGGCAUUCGGGUGCGGCCUAUCGAGACCAACGUGCAAGACGACGGGAUCCGCGUCCGGCCGAUCGACAGCCCACUUACAGCCGACGGCAUUCGAGUCCGUCCAGGCCCCGAAGUGCCCGCCGACGACACACCGGUACGCCCUGCUUCAUCCGGGCCCACUCCGUCAGCGAGGAGCAACAAAGCGCCAAGCAGCAAAGCACCAAGCGCAAAACGCACCCAGUCCCCAGGUCCAGAUGAUGUGAUUGAGGUCAUGGAGGACCCGGAGACCGAGGUCGAGACACCUGCUAAAAGAAAACCUCGUCGACGGCGCUCAAGGCGACGAAGCCCUAGGGCCAGCCCCAGGGCCAGCCCCGUCCCGCGGACUGUGGAACUUCCGGAGGAUCGACACUCGGAGUCUGAGACCGCACGCCACAUCCCCUCACCGACGGGCUCUAGUGACGAGUCUGAGAUGGUACCUCCGACUGUUUUGGGGAACAAGUCACUGGCGGAUAUUCCAUUUGGGUACUCAGCAUUCAGUGAACUCGACUUGCCCCUGGGCGCCGAUGCACGUAACAGUACCACCAAGCGGCCCACCAAGACUCAACGAAACCCGAGCUUCAAAGCGAUGCCGAAGGUUUUUAAGAAGGUUGUAACAGGUGCCAAGGACAUCAUUCAAGAGAUGGCUGAGCCUCCGAGACCUGUUGCGACCAACAAACCGCAGAGCAUUGAAUCGUGGCUGAACGGCACGGUUGAUCCCUUUGUCGAACCCAGUGCCAGUUCGCCAGUUUCUCAAGAGCCCACUCGCAAGGAGCCAGCGCCCCAGGAACCUGCUCGCAAAGAUCCUGUCGCCCAGGAACCCGCUCGCAAAGAGCCCGCCUCCCAGGAACCUUCUCGCAAAGUGUCAGUACCUCAGGAGCCUACCCGCAAAAUUUCAGUCCCUCAGGAACCCGCCCGCAAAGUUUCAGUCCCUCAGGAAUCCGACCGCAAAGCGCCAGCCCCCAAGGAACCCACGCGGAACACUCUAGCCGAGGACAGGAAACCAACUCCGGAAUCACCGGGGGCAGCGCUGGAGAGCCAGAAGCGGCCGACGUCGAGGCAGACGUCGAGGCCGCCAUCGAGACCAUCGUCGAGACAAGCGUCAGAGAGCCGAUCCAGAGAGACCGUAGACUCCGCUAUCUCGAAGAGCUCCGGCUCUCAGGGCAACACAGAGUCGCAAAGAGAGGAAGAUAGCGAUGCGACCCCCAAAAAGGCCAAGUCCCCCCCCGCUUCAUCAGCUGGGCUGAAGAGGAGACGGGCAACCAGGGCAGCUCCGUCUCCAGCAAAAUCGGGCGGUAAAAAGCCAUUCCGGGAGCUGCUGAAGGAAGCUUUCCGGGGCGAGUCUGGCGGACAUAAACUUCCGCCUGCGGUAUACCCUAGCUGCGAAACCGAUGACGAGAGCGAUCACGACGGAGAUGAUUAUGAGUCCACCAUCCGGAGCAAGGAACCUACCGCAUCCGACUACUCGUCUGGUUACUACUCAUCCACCUACGAUUCAAUGCUUUCUUCCGAUCUUUCGAGCCAAGGGCCCCAGCGAAGGAAACCGCCAACAGCCGGAGUUCACGAGUUGUCCACGAUCAUGUCAGAGGAGGUGGGCAGCACGGUCAGCUCAGAUGCACACUCCGAUAUUUCUCAAACCACCGUCACCCAGACGACGGCCUUCACGAAAUCAACCGACAUUUCGAGACAGAAAAGCCAGAAGACGGGCCUCAAACGUCGUCUCACAAAACAUUCUGAUCUUGUGUCGGUCCUCUCGUUACCGGAUAACGGCCAGCUCGUCGCGCCCAGACGUUCAAAGAGCAUCAAAUCGUCCCGUAGCCUUCACCGCAGGCCGAGCAGGGCGAACAAAAGCAGAGCCGACGAGCUGUUGGAUGAGUUCGCAGACGAUGAGCAUUUUUACGGGAGGGAGCUGAAAGCUCUGGUUGACGGCGUCGUCCCAGUGCUCCUAAGAGAUGUCAUGAACGGAGGUGUUGGCGAGGCGAAGGCGGAUGCCGCGGCCAAGUCGGUGGUCAGCAUGGGCAUGGCGCUUGAGAAGUUAAGGAACUUCCACAAGCAGGUACCCCUCGAUGACAUGUCGGAGUUGCUCUUCUGGCUCGAAGAUGUCUCGCCAGUUUACGAUAACUACCUGGACGUAUGGCGGCUUGGCUUCCAGGGGCUGAUCAUCAACCUUGCUCCAAGAAACGGCAUGUUUGAUGACAAUGACUCGCUCCUGAACGCCCUCCCUCUGAAUGAGGAUGGCGAUGUUGUCGGGGAAAAUGGGGAGCGGGUUGAUGUUGCGUUCCUCCUGAGGCGACCUUUGAUCAGGGUUAAGUGGAUGGUCAAGUUCCUCAAGGCUGCCGUGGCGGUCACCGAAACCCAUGAAGCUGAGCGGCUGCUCUCAGUCUUUACAGCCCUUCAGGAGAAGGCUCGCAAGCGGCACCGAGAGGAGACUGCUCGCAUGAUGGACGAAGAUGCGAACAACACCGACACCUCCCGGUGUCGUGAUCUUCGGAAUUUGAUGUCCCUCGACGGCGUAAUAAUGAACCGAACACGUCAAGUCGCCGCGUUGGACGUUUUCUCCCUCGAUUUGGACCAUUCGAGCGGCCAGCGGUUGGGGUGCCAGGUUGAGAUGAUCUUUAGGGAUAGCCCAGCGCUUCCCGAAGACAAGGGAGACAUUCUCAUCAGGGAGCUUGGAAACAACACCCGCUCAUGGCUGCUGUUCCCUCCUGUACCCAGACAAUACAUUUCCUCCCGACUGGGAGACGAUGACGACUCUCUAAUCGUCAUGAUACGCGGUAGCCACAACGGGAACGACUGGUAUGAGCUCCUGAAGAUAUCGACAAACAACGACGAGCAGAUCGAUUACUGGCUCCGCAUCCUGGGAAGCCAUCCCAUGCCGCCUAUGACCCGAAGCAGGCCAGUCAGCAUGGUGCUAGGAUCGACAUCGCCGAAAUCGGGCGCGACAGAUGUUCCGGUCGGCGAGCGCAAAGCAAGUGUGUCAAGCUUAGGAUCGUCCGACACGGAGAGACCCAGGACGCCAUCCCGGCAUCGUACACAGCAGCAUGGCGGUUCUUCCCCGCCAGCUGCAACUGGCUAUGCUUACCCUGGCAUGACCACCACCAAGGAGAACUACGCACAGGACCACUCCGAGCAGGAUAGAAGACGGUCUUCCUGGGAACACCCCUCCGGAGAUGUACCGAAGAUCGUCAAAGCGCCUCCCAACACUACACCAUACCGGGAGGACGGCGCUCCUCCCCCGCCUAUCCACCGCAACCUCAGCUCGAAGAGCUCGAAGAGCCCCGGCUUGCUCGCUCCCCCAGUGGACUCCGGCCGACGGGCGCGACUGAAGCGCCGGAUGUCAUCUCCGCUGAAACAUGAAUACACUCCCUCCGACGUCUCAUCCGACAGCUCGUGCACUCUGAGCGAUGAAGAUUCCGAGUCGUCACAAACAUCCGACGAGGACCUCGAGGAGGAUGAAGUUCCCGAUACCAUCCCGGGAUAUAGCAUCAAGGAGCCCGAGGUAGCCCCUCCCGAGUCCGUUGUUUCGGAUAACAGUGUCACGCCGUCCCACUCGGCAUCUCAGCUAGAGCUCGCCGUCAGAGAUGAUUCGAGACCGGAGAGGCCGGUGGAGAAAUUCGUCGGGACCGUAUCGUACUGGUCUGCCAGGAAGGGGAUCUGGAAAGACGUCAAUAACGGCGAAGCGGCUUCCAUCGUUAUCCAUCCGGGAUGUAUGGAGGUGCAUCCCCUCAGCGAACAACACUCCAACCGGCAAGCAUACCCACUGCAGUCGUCGGGCACAUCCGAAGUCGACAACAGCAACAAGGAUGCCGGAACUAUCGUGCCGCUUGUUGCCCUGAUCUUGACCCCGGUGGUUAUGAUCCGUCGCAGCACUGCGCUUGACCUCGAGGUCCGGAGCCCAGCGUCCCCCGAGGCACAGCUGAAGAUCGAGGCUAGCAUGUUCCGUUUCCGUACCGUUAACCAGGCCGACGCCAGAGAUCUCUACGAGUCUGUCCACAACAGCCGCCUGAACAAUGCCCGGUACAUCCAACUCAGCGAAGAGAGCCGUGUGCAAUCAUUCGGGCAGAUGCAGCCCGUGCCCGGCGACGGCAGCGCAGGCGACGACAGCUCCAGCCGCCGACGGAGCUGGUUCGGCCGCAAGAACAGCUACCGCGCAUCCACUCGCGCACCUAGCGUCUCUCAGGGCAGCAUCUCGACUACUAUCUCCGCGAACAGCUUCCUCCGGCGCCUCAUGGGUGGCGGCAACAACAAUUCCUACAACAUCGACGAAUCCACGCUCGACAAGCCACGCCCGAGCUCAGCGGCAGCAGUCCCAGGGGGUGGCAGCCUCUACACCUCCAGCUCGGGCUCCGGAGGAUCCGGAUCGGGCUCCAUCACCCCUCCCCGCAGCGCGUCCCUCUCGCUCUCCAACUCGGGCAGCCAGAGCCGCUGGAGCGCCGGGUUCGCCAAGCCCUUCUCGCCGGACCAGCCGCUCGAGAUCCGGUGCCACCUCAACGUGCAGAACAACCGCUGGCUCGACAAGGGCGACUGCGUCCUGCACAUCAGCCGGCCGCCGCCGGGGGUGCGCCAGGAGCUGCCGCUGUACAACGGCCUCGAGAAGCGCGUCAUCGUCACGCACGCGACCAAGAAGAACGCCGACCACCCGCUCAUCCUGCUCGACGCCGUGCUGGGCUCCAAGUGCUUCAGCCUGCUCGGCAGCAAGGGCGUCAUGUGCAGCGUGUGGGAGAACCUGCGCGACGAGGAGGGCAACGUCGGGCUCGCGCCCAGGAGCGGUGCCAUCGCGGGCAAGGUUACCAAGUGGUGCUUCCAGUGCAAGAGCAUGCAGCAGGCCGGGUGGAUCAUGCAGCUGUUGACGACCGAGGUGCCCGGGUUGAUGAUGGGUUAGGUUUAUGGGAGGGUGUUGAGUCAUUCUUUCUGGUUUUUUAUGUCCUUC